AUGUCGAAGCUGUUCGUCGUUGCCCUGUUCGCCGUCUUGGCCGUCGCGCUCUCCCAAGAGGACAUCUGCGGCAAGUGCCAGACGAUGUGCCAGAAUGCCCGCACCAACUACAACAACGACUUCACCAAUGUGCAGCAGGCCGAUCUGCAGAAGUUCAUGGAGGGACAGUGCACCACCCAGUUCUCUGGAUUUGAGUCAUCCAUCUGCAAGAACGUCGUCGACAAGAACUCGGGACAGAUGCUCAAGGCCUUCCAGGCGGGCGAGAACAACAAGCAGAUUUGCGUCGAGGGCAAACUCUGC